AUGGCACCCAGCCAACCAUCACGACAAAGGUGGCACCCAGCUAACCAUCACGACAAAGAUGGCACCCAGCCAACCAUCACGACAAAGAUGGCACCCAGCCAACCAUCACGACAAAGAUGGCACCCAGCCAACCAUCACGACAAAGAUGGCACCCAGCCUAUAAAGGUGUCUACAGCUAACCAUCACGACAAAGGUGGCACCCAGCCAACCAUCACGACAAAGAUGGCACCCAGCCAACCAUCACGACAAAGAUGGCACCCAGCCAACCAUCACGACAAAGAUGGCACCCAGCCAACCAUCACGACAAAGAUGGCACCCAGCCAACCAUCACGACAAAGAUGGUACCCAGCCAACCAUCACGACAAAGAUGGCACCCAGCCAACCAUCACGACAAAGGUGGCACCCAGCUAA